CAAGGCUUUCUGUUAAGGAUGUUUUGUGGCUUUUGUUUGGAUUACAGCUUGCAGACUUACAGCUGUUCAGAGGAGCCUCAUUACAACUCCUGCUGAAGCUCCUAGUCUUCUUCCCUUCUCUUCUGCCCCUACCCCCUACCCUCAUUGGCCUGAAGACAUUGUACCCAGAGUUUGCCUUACUCCCCUGGUGCUAUGUGUAUGGUAAACCUGGUACUAUGGCCUCAUCUGGGACUGGCCAGAUAACUGCUGCUGGCUCUCCCUAUUCCAAGGAUUUAAAGGGGAAUGGCACUGCAGGCAAUGCACCAGAGCAGCAGCAUCGGGAGCUUGGGGACUAAGGCUCCUCUGGCAUUAUUACAAACACACAGAGCUGACCGCAAUGACAGCAGCUGCUCCUUUGAACUGUUGGCAGCAGUCAAGCGGCAGCAUGAAGUGAGAGAUCACUCCUGAGCUCAAGAUGAACUCCACCUUGGAUGGUAAUCAGAGCAGCCGCCCUUUUUGCCUCUUGGCAUUUGGCUAUUUGGAAACUGUCAAUUUUUGCCUUUUGGAAGUGUUGAUUAUUGUCUUUCUAACUGUAUUGAUUAUUUCUGGCAACAUCAUUGUGAUUUUUGUAUUUCACUGUGCACCUUUGUUGAACCACCACACUACAAGUUAUUUUAUUCAGACUAUGGCGUAUGCUGACCUCUUGGUUGGGGUAAGCUGCCUGGUCCCUUCUUUAUCUCUCCUCCACUACCCCCUUCCAGUAGAGGAGUCCUUGACUUGCCAGGUAUUUGGUUUUGUAGUAUCGGUUCUGAAGAGUGUCUCCAUGGCCUCUCUGGCCUGUAUCAGCAUCGAUAGAUAUAUUGCCAUCACUAAACCUUUAACCUAUAAUACUGUGGUUACACCCUGGAGACUACGCCUGUGUAUUUUCCUGAUUUGGCUGUACUCCACCCUGGUCUUCCUGCCUUCCUUUUUCGACUGGGGCAAACCUGGAUAUCAUGGAGAUGUGUUUCACUGGUGUGCGGAGUCCUGGCACACCGACCCCUACUUCACCCUGUUCAUCGUGAUGAUGUUAUAUGCCCCAGCAGCCCUCAUUGUGUGCUUCACCUAUUUCAACAUCUUCCGAAUCUGCCAACAGCACACAAAGGAAAUCAGCGAAAGGCAAGCCCGCUUCAGCAGCCAGAGUGGGGAGACUGGGGAGGUGCAGGCCUGUCCUGAUAAGCGCUAUGCCAUGGUUCUGUUCCGAAUUACUAGUGUAUUUUACAUCCUCUGGUUGCCGUACAUCAUCUACUUCUUGUUGGAGAGCUCUACUGGCCGCAGCAACCGCUUCGCAUCCUUCUUGACGACCUGGCUUGCGAUUAGUAACAGUUUCUGCAACUGUGUCAUUUAUAGUCUCUCCAACAGCGUCUUCCAAAGGGGACUGAAGCGCCUGUCAGGGGCCAUGUGUACUUCUUGUGCAAGUCAGACCAUAGCUAAGGACCCUUACACAGUUAGGAACAAAGGCCCCCUUAAUGGAUGCCAUGUCUGAAGUGGUUCAGAUAUUGGGUCACUGUGUGUGGAGGGUGUGUGUGUGUGUCUUUCCUUUUUAUCUCUUUGUAUUCUGAGUUCAGUAGGAAAUCUGGGACAAAAUAAUUUGACUCUAAGCAAUAGCAAACAAAUGAUCCAUCCAAAAUACCUUCUAAGUUUGCAGAAAUGAUUUUUUAAAAAGUACUUUGAAUCAGGACCAUGAAGAUAAAUUGCUGUUGGUUCCAAUUUUUGUAAUGUCAUAGAAAAUGACUACAGUUCUCAGAUUUAAAAUGAAUAAAGCCAUAUCUAACACCUCUCUGCAGCUGGCAUGACUGAACCUAGGUGUGAAAAGCGUCAGCAUUUUAAAAAGUCAUCAUUUUCUUCUUGCUUUUCUGGGUUCUUUCCAGCUGUUUGGGCUUCAUAUGCAAUUGAUUUCUUUUAACAGGGAGUGUUAAAAUACAGUGAUGAAUUAACAGAGUUUUUAAAUUUUAUUUUUGUGUGCCAAAGUAUGACUAUAUUGCAGAUUGCAGCACUGUCAUUUAAAAAGCCAAAUGUUUUGUCUUAUCUCUUGAGAGAAUUCUCAAUACAGUGAAUAAUGUGAACACUUAGACAUUAAUUUUAGAAUUUUGCAAUGAACCAUGAAGCAAAAAUGCAGUAAAUCAUGCAAUUUAUGAAAAACUGGGCUGCUUUUUGUGCCAUACUUUACGGAGAUCUGAAGAAAUGUGUGCAUAGGAAGUGAUUGUGUUGCAGUAUUUUUGCCCAUGCCUUUUGCCCACACAUGCAUGUAUUUAGUUAGAUUUUUCUUUUAUAGCAAAACGUGUUUGAGUAAGUUGAAAAAUAAUUAAAUGAUAGGCUGUUGGCUGCCAUUUUUAUGAUGAAAAUAUUUAAAAAUAUGUCUUGAGUCUUCUCUCUUUUUAUCCAGAGACUUCUGAAAUAGAGAAUAUCAGGGAGAAAGUUGCCCUAAGCAACUAAGUCGUGAAUUAUGCACUUAACUAGCUCGUUUUCAAAAUAGAAGGGGGUUAAUUGAAAUUAAAUUUGUGGUUAAAUGGAAUCAACUAAUAAAGUAGCAACUAAUUCUUUUUAAAAGUGUUCAGGAACCCACAUUUGAAUGAGAGAAGGAGAAAUUCUGUUUAAUCUAAUCAGCAGUCUCUCUUACUGCUAUUCUCCUUCUGGAAAAAAAUCCUUUGGGAUACAGUUCUUUCCAUACUAAUCUUUUUUUAGGCCAAAAUACUUGCAAAAUCUGUAGCAUUUUAUUAUUGUUAUUCUGUAGAAUUAUUAAUUGAGAGUACUCUAAUUUGUUCUUAAAAGUGAUUAUCUUUAAGAGCAAGAGAUUUAUUUUUCUGAAAAAAGAGGAGGAUUUCCCAGCAGCUCCAGGCAUGAGAGUAUUUCCUCUACUUUUUUACUGGUUCUAAUGUUUUGGAAGUCUUUAGGGGACUUACGUGAUCUCUGCCUUUGGCUAGAUGUUGUAAUCUGAAUGCGACAAUGGUGUUCAGUGAGUUGGAAGAUGGAAGAAACCCAAGGGACAUGGGUAAAAGUAGAUUUUGAAUCCAAGAAAGGACAUGGAUAUUUAUAAAACAGGCAGACAUGCUUUGGUUUUUGGUCAUGAUAUUAGAAAACCUCCUACCCCCUUUUACAAUAAAAUUCUUAGGAUUUUGGGUUUUAGAUAUCGGUUUGAUGUCACCCUCAAAUGUGUUCAUUUAAACUUUUAAGUAAAUAAGUAUUAUAUAAACAUUCAAACUUCAGAUUCUGAGUUCUUCCCAAAAGCUUGCUUGCUCUUUACAUUUAGUGUUAGAAAAUUUGAUUCUAAGCUGUUUUAAAAUUUAGAACUCAUAUUGAAAUUGCAAGUUAUGUUAGCAGUGGCUUUGUUAAAUUGCCAUUUGAAGUGGAAAACCUUUUCUGUUGGAUUCUGAAAAAUAGUUAUACAUAUUUCCCCUUUAUGUAAGUGGCACUGAUCUAAAAAAUCAAAAUUUCUUUUCUUUCAUGUAUAUUGGAGAAUGUAAUCUGUUCACAUUUGCAGUUUGCUUGUGAAUUUUCAAUUUAGCAAAUAUGGAAAUCUUUAAAGACUUAAUUUUUAUUAAAAAACUGAUGUUUAAAUCAGUAGAUUUUACUUGGGGGCUGAGCCCUUUAAAUUUUUCCUCCAAUAGGGUUUUAUCUUGUAAGAAUGGAAAAGAGAAAAUAUCUGUUUAAUUAUCUAGAAAUGGUUAAUCAAGCUGGUCUUUUAGUGACUGGAAAGACAACUCUUUUAAUAAGCUUUUGUUAAUAGAUUUUUAAGUUUUUGUCCUAAUACCAAAUUUAGAUGUUAUUAUAGGUAUUUUUUUCACAUGAGAAUCUUUAUCAGUAUCGCAGCGUAAAACUAAAGUAGAAACUAAGUAGAUACAAUAAUUUUAAAGAAAAAUAAAGCUCCCACAACUGAUACUUGCUUAAUAUCGGAUGUCUUUCCAGUUUAGCUUAUCUUCAUUGGACCUUAUAAACUCUGUUUCUUUCAGGUAUCAAUUUUAUUCUCACAUUCAUUGUCUCUAGUGCUUUUCUUGUUUUUAUUUUUGUGUGUGUGUUGGGGAGAGGGUACACUCUUGGAUGCAAUCAUACAAUCUUAUGUGGCUAGGGGCAGUUUCUAUGUGAUACAUUUGGAGAGUUUGUAUUUAAGUAGCCUUAUUUAAUGCAACAUUUGAUGACGUUUGAUUUAAAUACCAAUCUGACUAGUUCAGAAUGAGUAAAAAGUGUAUUUUUAGACUCAAUUACCUUGGGCUUUGGCAAGACAGCACAUUUAACUUUAUAUGGUAUAUGACUGAUACAAGAGGAAGCACAGCUUUUGGUAAUUGUGUUGAAAUUAUUUCAUAGUAAAUUUUAAAAUAAGACUAUUCUAAUUGUUAUAUUUGUGAAUUAGUUCUGUGUUCUUAUAAAAUGAUGUCAAUGAAGGUGUGUGGUUUUUUUCCUUCUUAGAGUGGAAAAGCAGUUACAAAAGGACAGUGCUCCACUUUAAUGAAAGACCAAUCUUACACCAGAAUGGAUAUUUGAAUUUUUCAUGGACCUGUUGACUCUCUCUAAAUUCCAUUUUGGAAAGGGUUUUCUUUAAGUUUUAUUUCUGGAUAAGUUCCUUUCUCAGCCUAUUAUAGUGGCUUUUCCUUUUUACUUGAACAAUGGUCUCAGUAUUUUAAGGAUUGGGAAAACUUGAAUUUUUGUACUAUAAAUGCAUUAUCCACCUCUUUGAACUUGAAAAUGAAGCAACAGGGUUACAGGCUCCCAGACAGUAGAGUGAUUUCUGGGAGAGUCAGAUUUGAUUGAAAAAUCUGCACAGUAGCUUUGUAGGAAAUGUUUUAAUUUCACUGACUGUGUUUUUGUAUCAUAAAAGAUUUGUGAAAUAAAUUAUUGGCAAACCAGAAUUUAUUGUUAUAUGAUCAGAUUUGGGGAAGUUUAAGGAUGGGAGAAUAGUGGCACCAUGAGACUUUUUUAAAUUCGUCGUAAGUCAUUCCAUAUGUUCAUUUUUGCACAAUUUUUCUGUUUCAGGUUGAAGAAAAAUUAAAUAUUCAUAUUAAAUGUACAUUUUAUUAAUAUAUUUUUCAGACCCUGGGAAUAUUCUAGACAUUUCUUAUGACUGUAAACGAGUCGUUUGGCUUUUCUUCAAAGUUUGGGUGACAAAAGGGCAUCAUGAUACGAUUAAAAUGAACUUUGAAAUUAGAAUCAAAACAUCUAUGUUACUGUUACUAAUUAACUAGUUUCAUAAGGGCAAGUUGCUUCUCUAAGCACUUAAUUUCUUCUAUAAAAGGAGAUAAUAAUCACUUCAUCCCUCAUAGGGUUACUUUGAGGAUUGAAUUAGA